AUGAGAGCGAAUAAGUGGGAAGACCUGUGCCCGACAGACGUGGACCUGAAUAUGAACUGUCACAGGACCUUGCAAACCUUGCACACAACGAGCAAUCAACACGAAAAUGAUACCCAUGAUACCGAUCAAAUCAUCACGCUGAAUGUAGGGGGAGCAAUUUUCCAGACUUCUUACAGUACCCUCAGAAACAUCCCCAACACCCGUUUGUGCACUCUCGCAGAGGAAUUACCCAAAGCUUACCAAGGCAAGCCGAGAUACUUCUUUGAUCGGAAUCCGCAGUUGUUCAACUUUAUUCUAGACUUUUACCGUACGGGCGAGUUGCAUUUACCGAAGGGACACUGCGCUUUCUCCUUAAAGCGCGAACUUCAUUUCUGGGGGCUGAAUGAAGCCUGUGUAUCUGAGUGUUGCUGGGCUCAUUAUGUCAAAUCCACGAACCAGUACCGUCAGUACAAGAAGCUGCGGGAAGAGUUCAGAGGGAUGGGCAGUGGGCCUCGUCAGGAGCACUUUGGUUCUUGGCGGGAGAAAGUUUGGCAUUUUGUGGAAGAUCCCAGAUCGUCAUGUGCAGCAAAGAUAUACGCCGUCGUGACGAAUUUGUUGAUUCUGAUCAACGUUUUUACUUACAUGCUGGGGACAUUACCAUCUUUUCGCGUGACGCACGGGCAGGAUGAUCACGUAAACACAAGCUCUGUGGAAGAUCCCACCAAGCUGCAGCGAUGGAUGACCACAACAGAGCACCCUGGAAUUAUCUACUUCGACAUUGCCUGCUUGUUUUUCUUCUUCUUCGAAUGUCUGCUUAGGUUCGUUUCGUGUCCGAACAAGAAACAUUUUUUCAGAUCAUUCAAAACGAUAGCUGACUUGUUUUACAUCGUACCACUCUCUGUUUUGCAUAUAGUGUACAUGUGCGAUCAUACAGUGUGGUCUGAGCCGCGAAAUAUCCCCGCUCUGUUGAUCUUGCAGGGCUUCGUCGCUUUCAGGGUCUGUCGCUUGGUACUGGUCGCGAGGAAUUAUCGCCCUUUUGUAAUUCUCAUACUGUCCCUAAAAGCCAGCGGCCGAGAGCUGCUUCUGCUUGUGAUAAUGGUUAUGUUAGCCUUGGUGUUUUUCUCCAACGCCAUCUUCCUGGCAGAAAUCACGCACGAGGGCACGUUCAAUGACGUUUUCGAAGGAUUAUGGUGGAGCCUGAUCACCAUAACAACCGUCGGCUACGGCGAUGUUGUUCCUAAAACCACAUUCGGAUUCGUUGUUGGAAGCAUCUGCGCUGUUUCCGGGUUAAUCUUAAUCAGCCUUCCUAUCCCUGUGAUUGCUAAAAACUUUAACAGUUACUACUCCUUUAAACGAAAACCCACCGCCUUGAUCGCAAUCAAAUGGAUGGGCGGCUCCAAAUCGCCGAAGGUGGGCACUGAAGAGACCCUCAUAAUGGAGUUGGAUUGCGAAGAGCGACAAAACUGUCGAACAGGGCACGAUCAACACCAGGACCCACAAAGACCAGAAGGAAAUGAAAUGGAGAUAUCGUAAGCCGUAUGGCUUUAAAAUUCGAGUUAUAUUAUUGUACCCAUUUACGGACACGAGUUGCACAGUUUGUCGGGGGAGUGACAGAAAAAAAUGCAUCAGGAAGGUACGAAGCUACAAGAGACAAUGAAUAAACCUAUCCAAUGUGCUAAAAAUCCGACCCUUGAUAAGCAUCUACCGUACCCUGCAGUGUGAUCAAGGAAAAUGAAAGGGGCAUGCACAACUGUCAUUGUAUUUUUAUCAAGCGCUCGUGAAUGCGUUUGCAAACAGUUAUAUACAGGUGGAAAACUGACUUUUUCCUGUUGUAAGCCAGUGAUAAAAUAUUCCUUGAUAUAUCGUCAGCAGAACAUAGGUCAAACUAUAUUGCUAUAUCCUGCUUUGUUACUUGCAGUGGUGUUAUGCUCAUGAAAUUUGCCUCUUCUGGAACGUCUAUCUUGUAAACCGAUAUGAUGGUUAUUCCUUCUUUUUUUGUGGGGUGAAUAUUUGAGGAUUCGAUGGAAAUCACCCCUUCUCAAGGUCAUGCUUUAACGCACUCUCACCUGAAAAAAAUCAGUUUUCAAACAAUUGUUGUUUUUUUUUUUAUUAGCGAACAAAUUUAUUUUAAACAUUCAGAAAGGACUAUCAAAGCCUUUCUAAAACACAGCUUAUCAUUAGCUGCUUGCGGAUCAUGCUUUACAAAACAGCAAACCAUAAAAACUCAUAUUAACCAAACCAUUUUACAGCUGUUAUAGUAGUGAUUUGUUUAAUAAAUUUGAAAGUGCUGAAAUUAAUGUGGCUACAGCUAAUUUUCCCACAACCCACUUUUUGUAACAAUUUUUUUAAUAUUUUGCUACAAUCGGUUAUAGUGCAUGUGCAAUAGCACAGACUUGAUGAGUAUCUGUAGUUCGAGUAGAUCGAGAUACUUGCUUUGAUGUUUUACACCGUGCUCAGAACAGUUUCCACUCAGAUUUAUGAUCCGGGGCUGGACCGAGGUGCCUGCGCGCAAUCUGAAUAAACUCAGUUGGAUAUAGGGAUAUCCAUCUGACAACUACUGUACCCUUUCCUCGCGUUCACGAAGGCACUCGCGAAUAUACUUGGAAAAGUAGCGGCCAGUCAAAUGUCAGUGCACAUGUCAGUCUCCUUACCGAAAAGACAUUUCAGCUGAUAACGAAAGUUUACUAACCCGUUUGUAAAAUGUAUACGGUUUAGAGUAAUCUUCCAGUGAAAAAGCAACGGUAUUUUCACACUUACAUUUGUUUUUGACUGCCGCGUCUGCCAUGUCAAAUUGCCCUUGUUUAUCUCCUGAACCGCCACGCAGUGGUAUUGUGUGUCCUGCGCGAUGCAUAUAUUCCUAUAUCCAGUUGCGUUUAUUCAGAUUGGCCUGCGCGGCGCAAUGUCCAAGCAAGCUUUCACCAAUGUGGCCGCUCUAAGAUCAACUCCAGCUCAAGCUAUCUGCCUCUCCGGCCGUUCGGACGUUUUCCUCCCACAAUAAUGUUGUCCGUCGUCGUAUAAAAAAUACUCAAAUAAAUAAAUACACAAAUAAAUAAAUAGGAUUGCAGGAUAUUGUCCUUAAGCUUGGAGAGACAAAUCAUACUAAUGAUAUGUGAUUGUCGUUCAAUGCCAUACUGAAUAAUGUUUCACUUAUACGAUAGAGAUCAGUAUAACGAGUGGCGGAAACCGGAAUACCCGAUGUAAUUCACCGACCUUCGGCAACUGACGAACUUAAUCUCACGAUUAUGUUUCAACCAUUGCGGCGGUGUCAGUUUCAUGACAACGUGACAAUAUCUUUGACGCCAGAAGACAGACAAUGGGGGUCUCGCCGGCUCAGAUGUUUAAAACGCUGAUUUCCUGUUACAAUCACGCACUUCACCAUUUGGGCGCAGGUUCUAAUCAAACUUCCGAGGCUUUAAGCCAAAAGGUUUGUCAGAUACCAUGCUAAAUGUCCUUUGCUUCGUUUCACUUCGUUGGACUUCUUCAUGUACAUUGAUAUAUAACAUAUUAUAACGACGUAUCUCUUCAAAGCAUGUUGUUACAGAAGUUAUAUGCCAGGCGCAAUUUGUGACUGCUUCGAAUAACAGGCACUGGUGGUGCACAAGUGACGUAUUCUUGAG